AUGGAUGUCCAAAAGGCGGCAGAGCUCACCGUCAGCGCGCUCACGCUCAAGGAGAAGACUCUUGCCAAAGAUCUUCUCUAUUCAGAGCAGUACCACAAAGACACACUUUCCGUAAAGUCUCCCCAAUAUCUAGACAUGUCACUCAGGGCGAAUCAAGCAGGCUUCAAGGCUCGUUUCUUCAACGUCUUUUGUGAUGUGUUGGAGAUCGACCCCGGCACCGAAGUCUUGCCAGAGAAAGCUGGUGAGAAGUCUGUGCCAUAUGAGAUUAAUCUCUACGCUCGAAGGCUUGACUACACACCAACAUCUGGAAGCGCUGUCCAUGUUCGCUUUGAGAAGGACUGCGAGAUUUUCUUCUGGACUUCAAAACUACCAGGAGACUUUGCCAUUACCUUUGAUGGUCAAGGUCUGCAGAGGCAGAAGUAUGCUCCUAAGAUUGAAGGUGAGAACUUUGGUGUCAUUCUCAGACUGGAACAGCCAUCCGCAGGUAUUUCCAGUGAGCCUUUGCUACCCCCAGAUGAGGCAAUGAACAACAUCAACUACCUCAACUUGAUCGAUGACAGUGGCAAGAUCCUGAAAUCACGUCUCACUGCAGCAUUAGCCUUUGAGCAAGCAUUCCGGGACUUCUCUCUUGAAGCUUCCAACCGAAAGGUACAGACACAAACCGCAGUUGAUCUCCUAAGAAAGAGUCAGGAUGCUAUCCAGACCUACGCUUUUAUCAAAGAUAUUCGGCAGAGAGAGUAUGAUAACGCGGUAGUCGCAAACGCCAAAGCGCAGAAAACGUUUCAAGCAAACCAAGCCAACCUCAGCAAGCUUGGCGCAAACUUCCAAGCUGGUGUCGAAGAAUGGAAGGAGGCAGAAAAAGAGAAAGCCGCUAAGGAGGUUCUGAAGGGUCUUGUCAUGGUUGGACUUGCAAUCGGCGCUACCAUUGCGACCGGUGGAGCCGCUGCGGCGACUAUACCCGCUGCAGGAGCUGCGGUCGUGAACACCGCAAGCAAGAUUGCCACCUUGAUUGCUAAGCUCAAGCAAAUCUAUGAGAAGAUCAAAGAAAUCUACGAGAAGAUCAAGCCGGUGAUUGAGAAGCUCCAGGAAGUGGUCAAAACCAUUACCGAAGUGAUUGCGACCCUUCGCAAGUUUGACGGCGCAACAACUGGAACCAAGACAUUAAAGCUUUCUGCCGAUUCAAGCGACGUCUUUAACGCAACUGCUGAAUGGAGGCGUUUUGACAUUACCAUUCGUGAGAUGGAGGAUUCGCUACGAGAGUACAAGAUCAGAGGGAAAGAAGAAUAUUUCCACGACCUGAAGAUCCUCGUUCCCAAUGGCGAGUGCUUCAUCUUAACCCAGGCAAACCUUGUCAAGACGGGCGAUGAGCUUGCGACAGUGCUCAUACAGUCAGAAGCUGAACGUCGUAGCGAAAGCCGCUUGUCUUCCACGGCGCUUAGCGUUGCCACCGAUCUCGACGUUCUAGAUGUUCUGGUUCGAGCUAUGUUUGACCGAGUACUAACCAUCAGGUCCUUGGUUUAUCUCGACUUCUUGACCUACUCAUCCGCUCAAGAGUAUCACACUCUUUCCAAAGUUGUGGACUAUCUGGAGGACAUUGUCAAACUGCAAAGCGCAGUCGUAUCUUUCGGCUCGCAGGUACUGGUGCAGCAGCGAUCAUUCACACUCAAUACUCUUGCUGGGUUCGCAGAUGCAAGCAAAUUGGCCGAGGCUAUUACUGAUGGCCAAGCGUUAUCAGUUGCGGUCCGUCCUGGUCUGGAACUCUUCCAGGAUUUUGGCCGCAUUCGUUUGUCUAGGGCUAGGUGUUUCCUUGACGGUGCAAAGCUAUCCAGUACUGCGGGCCCGCAAAAAGAAUCGCUCCCACUCCGCAUUGAGCUGCAUACCGAGUCUCAAUUCUUCGAUCUUCCGCUUGAGAAGCGAGUACAGCCCGAGCUGGGUCCUGUCAUUCCUCGCGUUUUCCUUGGUGCAUCGAGGAAGGUCUUGUUCGAGUACUCGCCGAGUGAUAACUCCACAGCUUGCGACGGCUGGUACGGCCAAGAGCGCGACUACACCAAGUUUACACCCCUAACCAAUUGGGCCGUGAAGAUAACUGGUGGAGGCUAUGGUACUCUCUCCGUUGCCGACCUAGAUUUAUCCGGCUUGAAGGGUCUGAGAUUGGAAUUCUUGUGCGAUUUCAGCUUACGGUAA